GUCCAAAUCCAAGAUGGUUGACAUGGGUUAAAAUUUUCAGGAUUUACAACUUUGAUAUAAAAGUCCGGACAUUAUAAGAUAAUCAGCAAUUAGAAGUCUCGUUUUUGGAAGUCCUGUAGUAGAAGAUGGACCGUAAUGUGAGAUAUGAAAUCUUACAAAAUGAAGAUGAACUGGUUCCAGCCCAGCCCGUGGCUCUAGCGAUGGUGGUGCCCCCUGGUGAGCAAGUUGAGGCUCCAAGACAAUCUUCUCCACCACCAGAAUACAGCAUGGAAGCUGAAGUACCAGGUCAUAGACCAGUAAAUGACCACCUGCCAGGAUAUGAUGUUGCCACAUCAUUGCCCACAUAUGCUGAAGCUGAGAGAACAAAGCAGGAAGAGGCUUUGAGACAACCACCACCUCCAAGGCAAACUCUUGCGAAUACAAUGUUUGGUGGUCCAAGUUUGGAAGAUGGACUGAACGAACAGCCUGACUCAAACAACAAUGUAGUACUACUCGGAAAUGACAUCACAUUUCUCUGUACCUUUAUGAUUGCAUUUUUGUUUAACUGGAUAGGAUUCCUAGUGUCUCUGUGCAUAUCUAGCACAAUUGCAGGAAGAUUUGGUGCUCUUUCUGGCCUUGGCUUAUCCAUUGUGAAAUGGGUAUUAAUUGUCAAGUCCAACAAAUGGGCAAGUGGCGUACUUGAAGGGAACAAUUCCUGGGUCUGGUGGCUGUUAGUAGUACUUGGUUUCUUGAUCUUCUUCCGAGGGUGCACACAGUAUAUCCGCAUAAAGUACCAGUGGGAUAAAAUGGGAGCUUACGCACGUCACAGGAUCUAUUACUACUUUUAACCUAACAUUGAAAAACUGGUCACAUUUUGAUAAUAUUCUCAUUAAAAAGAAAAUGAUCAGUCCCUUGGGAAUCAGUCUAGCAUACAGCUACAAGAAAACAGUCAUUUGGCUCAUGUUAAAAUUGAAAAUGUCGAGCAUUUUUGGGGCUUUAUGCUAGACUGUAUUUUGAAAAAAUAUUUAAAAAAUAUUUCCAGAAAUUAAGAAAUUCACCAAGCUAAGGUGCAAAACCACUUUUAUAGAUUAUAGGUGUAUAACUUAAUAAUAUUCUAGAGCUUUUGACAAGCUUUUUUCACAAUUACAAUACAAACUAAAGACUAUGUAGUAUAAUGGUGUAUGAAAGUGAUGUUUUAAAAGUAGAAAACAAAACAUUUUUGAGGCAGUGAAAACUAGUGCAGUUGUAAAUGUUUUACUAUUUGUUAAUUUUAUUGUUUGUUAUGUCUUGAAGGUUGUAGCCAGUAUUUCGAAAAUGAAUAAGAGAAAUUGUUUCGCAAAUGCCGACUUUACAAGGUGUCAAGGUAUUUCAUAUGACUGAAAAAAUACACGGGUAUUGGCGUGGAGUAAACAAUGACUAGAUGUAAAACUUGACUUUUGACUGGCUACAAUCGUAUAAAAAAAAGUAUUUUAUUAUGGGGAUUUGAAAUAUUUGCAGAAAUAUCUAUCAAAGUAUAUGAAAUCUAUUAUGAUGAUGUUAUGCUGGUAAAUUUUAACAGGAUGGACACUUUUUUAUUUUUUUUUGAUGGAUAAUUUGAAUAAAACCAAUGCAUCACUGUUGACUGUGCAAUCAAAAUAUUGUACAUGGUGUUUCAUAAUGACUGUCCCUAGUGAUGGGGCCAUAUGAUCUAGGAUUGACUGUUGAUCGGGAGACAGU